AUGGCUUCUUUUCAAAGAUUAAUUAGUUGUAUUUUUGUGCUUUUUCUUUUGUCCUUAGCUUUUGCAUGUGAAGCUAGGGUUUUACUUGAAAAUAAUGCAAAUGAUCAAGGGUUUGUUAGAGUCAAUGGUGCACAUUUUGAACUCAAUGGAUCACCUUUUCUAUUCAAUGGUUUCAACUCCUACUGGCUAAUGCAUGUUGCUGCUGAGCCUAGUGAGAGGUACAAGGUCACCGAGGUCCUUCGCGAAGCAUCUUCUGCAGGGCUCUCUGUAUGUCGUACUUGGGCUUUUAGUGAUGGAGGCGAUAGAGCACUACAAAUUUCACCUGGUGUUUAUGAUGAACGUGUUUUUCAGGGUUUGGAUUUUGUUAUAUCGGAGGCUAAGAAGUAUGGAGUUCGAUUAAUCUUGAGCUUUGUAAACAACUACAACGACUUUGGAGGGAAAGCUCAAUAUGUUCAAUGGGCGCGAAAUGCAGGAGCUCAAAUAAAUGGAGACGAUGAUUUCUACACUAAUUAUAUUACUAAAGAUUAUUACAAGAAUCACAUUAAGAAAAUUGUUACAAGGUUCAAUACCAUUACUGGAAUGACUUACAAAGACGAUUCAACUAUCAUGGCAUGGGAACUCAUGAAUGAGCCCCGCAACCAAGCUGAUUAUUCUGGAAAUACUAUUAACGCGUGGGUUCAAGAAAUGGCAAGUUUUGUGAAAUCACUUGAUAACAAACACUUGCUAGAAAUAGGAAUGGAAGGAUUUUAUGGUGAUUCAGUGCCAGAAAGGAAGUCAGUUAAUCCUAGUUAUCAAGUUGGAACAGAUUUUAUUAGUAACCAUUUAAUCAAAGAGAUUGAUUUUGCCACUAUUCAUGCAUACACUGACCAAUGGUUAUCUGGUCAAAGUGAUGAUGCUCAAAUGAUAUUUAUGCAAAGAUGGAUGACAAGUCAUUGGCAAGACGCAAAAAACAUACUGAAAAAGCCAUUGGUUCUAGCUGAAUUUGGCAAAUCAAGUAGAGAUCCAGGAUACAAUCAAAAUAUACGCGAUACAUUUAUGAGCACGAUAUAUAGAAAUAUUUAUAGUCUAGCGAAAGAUGGAGGAACGAUGGGAGGAAGCUUAAUAUGGCAGCUCGUUGCGCAAGGCAUGGAGAAUUAUGAGGAUGGUUAUUGUAUUGAAUUGGGAAAAAAUCCAUCGACUGCUGGAAUUAUUACAAGUCAAUCUCAUGCCAUGACAGCUUUGGCUCAUUUGGUUAAGAUUUAG